AUGAUGAGUCGUGCUUCGCUACCUAUCUCAUUUCGGGGGUAUCCCUUAGAGACUGCCGCCCAUAUCCUUAACUUAGUCCCUACGAAGAAGGUUGCAAAUACACCUCACGAGAUGUGGACAGGGAAAGCUCCCUCCCAAGGAGACAGUGGGAGGCAAAUCGAUCUUGAAGAGCUUCAAGAGUCGAGCGGUGAAGGAACCUCUAACACUGGCGCUCAACCCGAGGAGGAAACUCCAGUUGAACUGAUUGACGAGUCCUUACCUCUUAGACGUUCCGAAAGGGUUAGUGUUCCACCCCAGUUUUAUGGUUUUCAUAUUACUACAGAAGGGGAUACGUUCAUUAGUGAUAGUACACUAGUGAAUCUGGACGAACCUAACAGCUAUAAGGAAGCCAUGGCAGGCCCGGAGUCUGCGAAAUGGAAAGAGGCUAUGGACAGCGAGAUUCAGUCCAUGUAUGACAACCAAGUUUGGAAUUUGGUUGACAAUGUACCAGGUCGUAAGACGGUCGGGUGCAAGUGGAUCUUCAAAAAGAAGACCGACAUGGAUGGAAAUGUGCACACUUAUAAGGCGCGAUUGGUUGCGAAGGGUUUCACUCAAACUCCUGGAGUUGACUAUGAUGAAACCUUCUCACCAGUUGCGAGGAUAAAGUCUAUCAGAUUGAUGCUGGCCAUUGUUGCAUUUCAUGACUAUGAAAUAUGGCAAAUGGAUGUCAAAACCGCUUUCCUUAAUGGGAAGUUGGCUGAGGAUGUUUACAUGGCUCAGCCAGAGGGUUUUGUCAAUGCGAAGCAUCCCAACAGACUGUGUAAGCUUGAAAAGUCCAUUUAUGGACUUAAGCUAGCGUCUCGCAGAUGGAAUCUUUGUUUUGAUGAGAAGGUCAAAGAGUUUGGUUUUCUGCGAAGCGAGGAUGAAUCAUGUGUAUAUGUCAAAGCCAAUGGGAGUGUAGUAAGCUUUCUCGUACUGUAUGUCGACGACAUACUACUCAUAGGAAACGACAUACCGACACUGCAGGAAGAUAAGUCCUGGCUCGGGAAGUGCUUCGCUAUGAAGGACAUCGGAGAGGCUUCCUAUAUUUUGGGAAUAAGGAUAGUGAGAGAUAGAAGUAAGAGACUAAUAGGACUUAGUCAGAAUACUUACUUGGACAAGGUACUAAAACGUUUUAGUAUGGAUAAUUCAAAGAAAGGGGAGUUACUAAUCCAAAGUAAUGCCAAGUUGAGUAAGACUCAAAGUCCUAGUACUGAAGUCGAGAUAGCAGAGAUGAGCCGAGUACCUUAUGCUUCCGCAGUUGGCUCAAUCAUGUAUGCUAUGACUUGUACUUGCCCUGAUGUGGCCUUCGCUUUGAGCAUGGUCAGCAGAUAUCAAGGGAACCCUGGAAAAGCACAUUGGACUGCAGUGAAGAAUAUUCUUAAGUACCUUCGGAGGACCAAGGAAUGGUUUCUAGUCCUCGGGGGUAGUGAUGACUUAAAGGUGCAAGGGUACAGUGACUCAAGUUUUCAGACCGACAGGGACAACUACCGUUCGCAGUCAGGCUGGGUCUUUACCCUUAAUGGAGGAGCAGUGACUUGGAAAAGUUCCAAACAAGAGACCGUAGCUGAUUCAACGUGCGAAUCAGAGUACAUCACAGCAAGCGAAGCGUCAAAGGAGGCAAUUGUUGGAUUAAUGUCUAAGUCCAUAACUAUAUUUGGUCAAAUUUAG